AAGCUCCCAUUACGUCUACGGAUAUUUGAAAAAUUCCCUAACAGGCCUCAAAUGGUAAAAAUCUCCAAGCUCCCUUCAGAUUUUACAGUCCCGAAAAUAAGGGAAAGCUUUAUGAAGCAGUUUAUUGAUCGACAGCAGCAAGAUACAACUUGUUUAUUGAGAAGGCUUCCAUCAGCUUCUUCCUCCUCAUGUGACCACUCUAAAAGGCUGGCAAUUGAAGACAAAUACAUUGACCAGAAGCUUCGCAAAUCUGUUUUCAGCAUUAGGGCAAGAAAUCUUCUGGAGAAGGAGACUGCAAUCAAUAAAAUUCUUAGAGCCUGUACUCGUCAGCGUAUGCUUAGUGGAUCCUUUGAGGGACAGCCUGCAAAAGAAAGAUCUAUUCUUAGUGUCCAGCAUCAUAUACGCCAAGAACGCAGGUCACUAAGGCACGGCUCCAACAGUCAGCGAAUCAGCAGAGGAAAAUCUCUUGAAACAUUAACUCAAGAUCAUUCUAAUACAGUAAGGUACAGAAAUGCACAAAGGGAAGACAGUGAAAUAAAAAUGAUCCAAGAAAAGAAAGAACAAGCAGAAAUGAAAAGAAAAGUUCAGGAAGAGGAGUUGCGGGAGAAUCACCCCUAUUUUGACAAGCCUCUUUUCAUAGUCGGUCGGGAACACCGAUUUAGGAAUUUCUGCCGAGUUGUUGUUAGAGCUCGCUUUAAUGCCUCUAAAACAGAUCCUGUUACUGGAGCAGUUAAAAACACAAAAUAUCAUCAACUUUACGACUUGCUAGGGUUGGUUACUUAUCUAGACUGGGUAAUGAUCAUUGUUACCAUAUGCUCCUGUAUUUCAAUGAUGUUUGAAUCCCCUUUUCGAAGAGUGAUGCACGCACCGACACUACAGAUAGCUGAAUAUGUUUUUGUAAUAUUCAUGAGUAUUGAACUUAAUCUGAAGAUUAUGGCUGAUGGAUUGUUUUUUACACCAACGGCAGUCAUCAGAGAUUUUGGAGGUGUCAUGGAUAUUUUUAUAUACCUUGUAAGCCUGAUAUUUCUCUGCUGGAUGCCCCAGAACGUUCCUGCUAAAUCAGGAGCUCAGCUGUUAAUGGUUCUACGGUGUCUCCGGCCCCUUCGUAUUUUCAAACUGGUGCCUCAGAUGAGAAAAGUUGUUCGGGAGCUCUUUAGUGGCUUCAAAGAAAUCUUUUUAGUUUCAAUCCUUUUAUUGACUUUAAUGCUUGUUUUCGCAAGCUUUGGAGUUCAGCUUUUUGCUGGGAAACUGGCUAAGUGCAAUGAUCCUCAUAUAACAGCAAGAGAAGACUGUCAUGGUAUAUUCCGAAUAAAUGUAAGUGUUUCCAAAAAUCUAAAUUUGAAGCUAAGACCUGAUGAGAAAAAGCCUGGAUUUUGGGUGCCUCGAGUUUGGGCUAAUCCUCGAAACUUUAACUUUGACAAUGUUGGUAAUGCAAUGUUGGCAUUAUUUGAAGUCUUAUCAUUAAAGGGGUGGGUAGAAGUCAGAGAUGUUAUCAUUCAUCGUGUAGGUCCAAUUCACGGCAUCUAUAUUCAUGUUUUUGUAUUUCUGGGCUGCAUGAUUGGACUGACCCUUUUUGUUGGAGUUGUCAUUGCUAAUUUCAAUGAAAAUAAGGGGACAGCUCUGCUGACAGUUGAUCAGAGGCGAUGGGAAGAUCUGAAGAGCAGAUUAAAGAUAGCACAACCUCUUCACCUCCCACCUCGCCCAGAUAAUGAUGGAUUUCGAGCUAAAAUGUAUGACAUAACACAGCACCCAUUUUUCAAGAGAACCAUUGCAGUUCUUGUACUCGCCCAGUCUGUGCUGUUAUCUGUUAAGUGGGAUGAUCAAGACCCAGUAACUGGUCCAUUAGCUGCAAUGUCGGUGGUCUUCACCUUCAUAUUUGUUCUAGAGGUUACCAUGAAAAUUAUUGCCAUGUCACCUGCUGGAUUUUGGCAGAGCAGAAGAAAUCGCUAUGAUCUCUUGGUGACAUCAUUAGGUGUCAUAUGGGUGAUACUCCACUUUGCCAUAACUAAUGCCUAUACAUAUAUGAUGGGAGCGUGUGUAAUUGUGUUCAGGUUUUUCUCAAUCUGUGGGAAGCAUGUGACCCUGAAGAUGCUGCUGCUGACAGUAGUUGUCAGCAUGUACAAAAGCUUUUUCAUCAUUGUAGGGAUGUUCCUACUGUUGCUUUGCUAUGCUUUUGCUGGAGUAGUUUUGUUUGGGACUGUGAAAUAUGGAGAGAACAUUAACAGACAUGCCAACUUUUCAUCAGCUGGUAAGGCCAUUACUGUACUCUUCAGAAUAGUCACUGGGGAAGACUGGAACAAGAUAAUGCAUGAUUGCAUGGUUCAGCCUCCUUUUUGUACUCCAGAUAACAGAACAUACUGGAAAACAGAUUGUGGGAAUUAUGCUGGUGCUCUUAUGUAUUUCUGUUCAUUUUAUGUCAUCAUUGCAUACAUAAUGCUGAAUUUGCUUGUGGCUAUAAUUGUGGAAAACUUCUCUUUAUUUUAUUCUACUGAGGAAGACCAGCUCUUAAGUUAUAAUGAUCUUAGACAUUUUCAAAUUAUAUGGAACAUGGUUGAUGACAAAAGGGAGGGAGUGAUUCCUACUUUCCGAGUCAAGUUUUUGUUGAGGCUAUUGCGUGGAAGACUGGAGGUAGAUCUGGAUAAGGACAAACUUCUGUUCAAGCAUAUGUGCUAUGAAAUGGAGAGGCUGCAUAAUGGUGGAGAUGUGACAUUCCAUGAUGUAUUGAGCAUGCUGUCAUAUAGAUCAGUUGACAUCAGAAAAAGUCUUCAGCUGGAAGAACUGCUUGCUAGGGAACAACUAGAGUACACCAUAGAGGAAGAAGUUGCGAAGCAGACUAUACGCAUGUGGUUGAAAAAAUGCUUGAAGCGCAUUAGAGCAAAACAACAACAGUCAUGCAGUAUCAUCCAUAGCCUCCGAGAGAGUCAACAGCAGGAGUUAAGCCGUUUCCUAAAUCCACCAAGCAUUGAGACAACGCAGCCGAGUGAAGAUAUGAAUGCUAAUAACCAGGAUAACAAUGCACAGCCUGAGAUGAGUAGCGAACAGCAGCUGCUUAGCCCCACACUUUCUGACAGAGGUGGAUAUCGACAAGAUUCUGGUGAGGCUGGUAGACCUCAGCGGAAGCUUGGACAAUGGCGUUUGCCAUCUGCCCCAAAGCCAAUAAGCCAUUCAGUGUCUUCAGUCAAUAUAAGAAUUGGUGGUCGAACAACUAUGAAGUCUGUUGUGUGCAAAAUGAAUCCCAUGUCAGAUGUGGCUUCAUGUGGAUCAGAAGUUAAGAAGUGGUGGACAAGGCAACUUACUGUAGAGAGUGAUGAGAGUGGAGAAGACCUGCUUGACAUCUGAUUGGGAAAAGACUCCAGUUAAAGACACACUUAUGCAACACACCUAUGAAGGAAUAUCAACUGUGGACAUUUCUGCUUUUUAACAAGCAGUUGAAAUUGAUUGUUUAUAUCAAGAUAAGCCUUGGAACUCAUUGUCUUUCAACUUGGCAAGAUUUACUACUUAAUAAUUAUUUUGAACAUCCAUGAUUGUUAAUAUAAUAAGCAACACAAAUAAUUACAGUGUUCAGAAAAAACAGAGGACUUUUGGCCUUGAUCCCAUGAAUCAUGAGAUAUACUUCAGGCUCUCAAGCAGGGCUUUCUACUUUCCAGCAGAUUUUCAGUAUUGCUUCUCAGCCAACAUUUGAAAUUUCAGGUUUCUCUGAAAGCAUGUUGUUGCUUGCUAAAAUUUGGGAAACAGCAACUGAUGACUAAUAGAAAAAUAUGACAUGUGAUGAUGUGUACCAGGCUGAUAUUCUGUUCUAGUAGUUUGGGUAAGUCAUGAGGACACAACGUCUUUAUUUAGAGACACUGGGAGACAAUUGCUGUGAAAGUAAAAGCACCCCAAAGAGAAGGUUGGUAUGGACAUGCUGCUAGCGUUUCACAUCGGUGAACUUUUUAUUUAGGUCAGGAUGUGUGACUUCUUUCAAACGAAGAGUCAUGUUGAAUG